CUUGCCUGUACUGACGUUCUAAUGUGUACUUUCUGUGUACCGACACAAAUGAAUGUUUGUGGCUAAAUGUAAAGUGCUCCGUACGCUUGUAUUGCACAGGUACCCAAUGCAAGGUGCCUCGACGUGUUCACUGUUUCAUUCUCAAACCCUCACCAACGGAGUAUCCGCGUUCUCUGCAGUCACGCCUAGACACCUCAGUAAGCCAUUUGGAUACCAUUGGAAUGGCGAUUGUGAAGAGACCCGUUUGUGUGCGAUGUACGGAUUUCCACCAACUUGGGAACAUGAAGCCAGAAAAUUCGAAAAUCCACAUGGUAUUCAUCAAUACUCAAGGCAGUGGUUGCGGAGAGAGGAGUCUGUCCUACCGUCGUCCAACCUCAGCACAACAGUGUUUGGCAAAGAUGCGGGGCAGGAUGCAACACAUGGAGAUUCAGUUGUACGAAGCUCAGCUGGUGGCCAUCCCUAUACAGCGUGGGAUGCCGAGGGCCCGCCGGAUGAAUUUCCGCUCAUUGGAUGUGUGCGGGGCACUGCAACAGGAACUGUGCGACCGAAUACGGAGUUAUGUUUCAGGAGCACAUCAACCGACUCCCUUGGAAGAACCGAUAUCGACUUGACCCCAGCUCAUCCAAUCGAUUUGUCCGCUCACCGAACCGUGUCCAAUGACAGCGGUACAUGCUCGACAGAGCCUGUUCUGCCCAU